UAUGUUCCAUACACCAAAAACCAUGGUGAAAACAAGGAGGACCGCCAAGAGGGACGAGGAACAACAGGAGGUUAAGUCUGCAAUUCCGAAGACUCCAACACUGCCACGAAGUACUGAAAUUAGUAAAAAAAUUCCUUGUCGAAAUACGGAUGGGGGUAGUGUGGUGAAAUCGGAACCGCCGUUAUCUUUACUCCAACCUAUACCUUCAACGUGUCGCCAAGUACCUACAACUAAAUCUAAGAGGUCAACAUCAUCCUCAGUGUUGGCACGUAAAAAACGGUUGGAAUUGGAGGCUGCGGAAGCUAAAGCUAAAAUUGAGCUGGAAUUAAUAAAUAAACGUUUAGCGGCGGAUUUAGCGGAUAUUGACGACGAAUGUAGUGUACAAUCCAAUUGCACUAACAACCAGGUGGAGGAGUGGUUGGAGCACAGCCAUCGUGAACUGGAAGCGCAGCCCGUCCCCGACAGAGGUCAAAUUGCGGACGUGACUCGCGCGCCGACUACAAAUGUCGGCACUGACGGGACGAUUCAACUACUGGCUAGUGCACUAAAGGAUUUAGCAGCCGCUUCUACCAGCAAUGGACUUAAUUCCAAUUUGUUAAGCCGAAUAUGUACACCAAAAGACUUACCGUUAUUUUCUGGUGACUCAAUGGAGUGGCUUCACUUUAAAAAAGCAUAUGAAGAAUCAUCCAAAGUAUGUAACUUCACGGAUAAUGAAAAUUUGUGGCGCCUAAGGAUAUGUUUGAAGGGAUCAGCGCGUGAAGCGGUGUCAGCCUUGCUUAUAAGUGCUACUUCGCCCGACAUAAUAAUGUCAACACUCGAGCUGCAGUUUGGAAACCCUGAUAUCAUUUUGUCACGCAUUAUGAUGGAUAUCAAGAAGUUACAUCCGGUAUCACAAGAAUAUCACAAGGAUAUUGUGCCCUUUUCAAUUAAAGUACGUAACUAUGUUGCAGCUGCCAAGGUUAUCGGUCGUGAUGAAUACCUAAAUGGGCUAAGCAUAACUACAUGCAUACUUUCAAAAUUACCACCGGUUUUACUUUCGAAAUGGGCGGAUUACAGUUAUACAUUUAUCAAACAGAAUAUAAGACCAACAUGGUUUGAUAUUUCAGAAUUCUUAAAUGAAGAAGCUAUGAAAGUAUCUUCUAUGGCGUUAUUAAAUACGAAAAAUACAAAUGAUAAUUAUUAUUAUAAUAAGAAAAAAUACACAGAAGGUACUCAUACAGUUUUAUUGAAUAAAAAUUACAACGAUAGUGAAAAAUGCCGUUACUGUCACUUAUCGAAACAUAAAUUACAGGAUUGUAGGAAAUUCCGUAAAGCAUUACGUAAAGAUCGAUGGAGCUAUGUCAAACGAAACCGCUUAUGCUACAAAUGCAUAGAUGCACAUCAUGACAGAGCGACCUGUCCGGCGGCAGUGUGUGACGUCACAAGUUGUGGCCAAGCACAUCAUAAAUUAUUACAUUACGACUUGCGUCAAAUCGUAAACAGUGAACCGUGUAUUGGCGAUAAUACGGCACCCGAACCGCCGUCGGCGACAUCUGAAACAGUAACACACGUUAACAAAAAAUAUAAUGAGUGAAAAGUGUUGUUAAAGGUAGUGCCUAUAAGUGUACACGGUCCGAACGGUGUAUUUAAAACAAGUGCGUUAUUAGACGACGGAUCUACGGUGUCGCUUAUCAGUGCCGCGCUUACGUCACGAGCCGGUUUGUGCGGGCGCCGGGAGACCCUACGCGUGUGCGGCGCAUGGAAUAAAAGUGCUCUUGAGUGCGAUGUUGAUGUUAUGGAUGUUUGUAUAACGAGCUAUAAGGGUGAGAGAUUUAAUAUUACUGUUAGUAGUUUUAAAGAUUUAAAUGUACCUGUGCAAAACUUUAGUUUAGUUAACCUUGAUAAUUAUCCGCAUUUAUGUAACAUUGAAAAAGAAUUUUGUUGUACAAAUAUUGAGCCUGAGAUUCUUAUUGGUCAGGAUAAUUAUAAUUUAAUAUUACCGUUAGAGCUUAGAGUGGGUAAAUGUAACGAACCUUGUGCUACUCGUACUCCGCUGGGAUGGUGCGUUCAUGGGCUGGUUCCAGCACCUCUUUCAACGAGUGCAUGUUAUUCUAUCCUGAACGAUAUGGAGGUUCCAUCAGGGUCAGCUAACACUUCUCUAGAAGACCUGCACGAAUUGGUAAGAAAAUCAUUUACAAUUGAAUCCAUGGGAAUAUCCGGGACGCCACGCCAGAAUCUCGAUGAUCUGCGUGCUCUGGAACACCUGGAACAGACGGCAAAAUUAAUUGAUGGUCGAUGGCACGUAGGUCUACCGUGGAAGGAUACCCGCUGUAAAAUGCCUGACUCCGAACGUCUGGCAUUGUCUAGGCUGCACAACCUGGAAAAGAAAAUGUCAUAUAAUAAACAGUACGCACAAAGGUACCGAGAGCGUAUAAAGCAUUUAUUAGAUGGUAAAUUUGCUGAGCAGAUUAUAGAUACAACAAAAACGAAUAAAACGUGGUACUUACCUCAUUUCGGUGUCGAUAAUCCGAACAAAAAGAAAUUACGUCUCGUCUUUGACGCGGCAGCUAAAAUGAACGGCUUAUCGCUAAAUGAUUAAAUAAUUACAGGUCCCGAUUUAUUAGUGUCUAUGUUAGGUAUUUUGUUGCGUUUCCGCGAACAUGAAGUCGCCAUAGUGGGCGACAUUAAAGAUAUGUUUUUAAGGGUAAAAAUAUUACCUACUGAUCAGGAUGCCUUAAGAUUUCUGUGGCGUGAAAACUCUAACAAACCUGUAAAAACAUACAAAAUGACAUCCUUAAUAUUUGGUGCGAGCUGUGCCCCAUUCGUUGCACAGUUUAUUAAAAACAAAAACGCUAAGCGUUAUGACUCAACCAAACCUGAUGCAGUUCAAGCUAUUCAUAAACAGCAUUACAUGGACGAUUAUAUUGAUAGUCAACCCAGUGAAAAUACUUGCAUUAAAUUAGCAAACGAUAUAACUUACAUACAUAAGCAAGGAGGUUUCGAAAUUCGUAAUUGGCUAAGUAAUAGCGCGAAUGUUUUAAAUUGCUUACCAGAAGAGUCACUGGCUCCCGCGGCUGCUACUGUGAAGCUAGGGACUCGACACGAAGGCGAGCGAGCUUUAGGAAUCAUAUGGAAUCCCAACGAAGAUUCCUUAGGAUUUGUUACGACAUUUAAACGGAUACCUCAAGGGAUAAUCAAUGGCACGAAAUGUCCCACAAAACGCGAUUUAUUAAAAGUAAUUAUGUCAUUGUUUGAUAUUUACGGAUUUCUUUCGCCAUUCACAAUUAACGGCAAAAUAUUACUUCAGGAAACCUGGAAGUCAAAUAUAGAUUGGGACGAAAAUAUAACAGAGGACAUUCGUGUAAAGUGGAUUAAAUGGUUAAAAUUGUUAAAAACAAUAAAUAAUAUCCGAAUACCUCGAUGUUAUAGGCGAGUUAAUGAAUCGGCAUUACGUAACACUGUUUUAAGCGAUAACAGGGAUGACAAACAGGUGUGCGCGUCGUUCAAUAGCAACAAGCAUACCUACGGACCGACCUUUUAGCGAAAUAUAUUAUAAUUGUUUACAACUUCAUAUUUUUUGUGACGCAUCGUUGCAAGCAAUGUGUG